GAGAGAAACGUUACCGUUUUCGCUCCAAAUGGGACACAACUUUUCAACGUAAUUUGCUGCUUUGCCACUCUCACUCACAUCUCUUUCCUUCACUCUCUCACUCUCACUUGCCGCCGGAGCUCCAUUUUCCGGCCCCAUCCUUGCCGGCGACGUAUUUCCGCCACCAGAUUCACCCACCAUGGCUUAACAAACAAAUUUCGAAUCUUUGGAAAAAGCCAACUCGUUUUCAUUCUCAUUUUGAUUAUUCACACACUCUCUGAGAAACAUGGAUCUUCUCUUUCUUCUUCAGUGCCUUCUCUUCUUCACUUCGCAGCACGCAAAUGCCCUCAAUGCUUCAAUUUCUCGCGACGCAUUGUCACUUCUCUCUUUUAAAAGCUUCGUCUCUUCCGACCCUUCCAACAUCCUCGCCGGUUGGACCAACCACUCCUCCUCCAAUAUCUGCCGAUGGCACUCCGUCGCGUGUGGCGGCCCAGGGAGCCUCUCUGACCGAGUCACUUCCCUCAAUGUCACCGGUCUCCGUGGCGGCCUUUUGUCGCCCUCCGUCGGCGACUUGUCUGAGCUCCGCGUGCUGUCCCUCGUCGGGAACAUGUUCUCCGGCGAGAUUCCUGAUACCGUUGGGAACCUUCGGUUUCUCGAGGUCCUCGAACUGCAAGGGAACAACUUUUCAGGGAGAGUCCCGACCCAGAUGAGUUUUGCUUUUCUUCAGUCUCUUAAACUUGUUAACCUCUCUGGUAAUGCCUUCUCUGGUUCGAUUCCGAGUGAUAUUAUUGGCUCUGGGAGUGUGAAAAUCGUUGAUUUGUCGAAUAAUCAGUUUUCUGGUGUGAUUCCUCUGAAUGGUACUUGUGAUUCGUUGAAGCAUUUGAAGUUGUCUCGUAACUUUUUGACUGGGGAGAUUCCAUCUCAAAUUGGCAAAUGUAGAAACUUGAGGACCCUUUUGGUUGAUGGGAACAUCUUCGAAGGUAGAAUCCCUUCUGAGAUUGGCCAAAUUGUUGAACUGAGAGUUCUGGAUGUUUCUAGAAACUCACUCACUGGAAGGGUCCCUAAGGAGUUGGCUAAUUGUGUGAAACUGUCUGUGCUUGUGCUUACUGAUUUGUUUGAGGAUCGUGAUGAUGGAGGAUUGGAUGAUGGCUUUAGAGGAGAGUUUAAUGCCUUUGUUGGGAACAUACCUCAUCAGGUGUUGCUGCUUCCAAGUCUAACGGUGUUGUGGGCCCCAAGGGCAAAUCUUGGUGGACGGUUGCCUAGUGGCUGGUCGGAGUUGUGCUCUCUGAGGGUGCUCAAUUUGGUGCAGAAUUAUGUUACUGGUGUCUUGCCUGAGAGUUUGGGGAUGUGUAGGAAUUUGAGUUUCUUGGAUUUGAGUUCUAAUAAUUUGGUGGGGUAUUUGCCUUCAUUGCAGCUUCGUGUUCCUUGUAUGGUGUACUUUAAUGUCAGCAGAAACAAUAUAUCUGGCACUCUUAAAGGAUUUAGGAAAGAAAGUUGCGGUGUGAGUGCAGUAGACCCUUCAUUUCUAGAAUUGGAUGGUUUUAGUGAUGAUGAAUACUUUAAUUUACCUGUUUGGAGGUUUCAAAAGAAUGCUUUCGUUGGGUCUGGUUUUGAGGAGAAUAACACUAUUGUUGUUAGCCAUGAUUUCAGCUGGAAUAGUUUUGUGGGAUCCUUGCCUUCGUUCUCUCUUGGAGAUAGUCUUUUUAGUGCUAAUCGUAAAGUCUCCUAUGCGCUGUCUCUCAAUAAUAAUAGAUUCAGUGGAACUCUACCGGACCAGUUAGUUUCAAACUGUAACGAGCUCAAGACAUUGUCAGUUAACUUGAGUGUGAACCAACUAUCGGGUGGGAAUUUCCAAACGUCGGUUUUGGAGUGCCUAAAGUUGACAGAUUUUGAAGCAGCGUACAACCAGAUUGAUGGGUCAAUUGGACCAGCUAUAGGUGGCUUGGUGAUGCUUCAGCAUCUUGAUUUAAGUGGGAACAAGCUAUCUGGAUCACUGCCGAAUCAGUUUGGAAACCUUCAAAACAUGAAACGGAUGCAUCUGGGAGGAAACAAUCUAACAGGGGAAAUUCCUACCCAACUUGGCCAACUGACUUCCCUUACUGUUUUGAAUUUGUCUCACAAUGCUCUAGUUGGAAUAAUACCUGCGAGUUUGUCAAAUGCCAAAAGUUUUGAAAUUCUGUUGGUGGACCACAACAAACUUUCUGGGGAAAUACCUUUAACUUUUUCUACUCUUUCCAAUCUUGUGCAGCUAGAUGUUUCUUUUAACAAUCUUUCGGGUCAUAUUCCUCGUCUUCAACACCCAAGUGACUGUGAUUCCUACAAAGGAAAUGCACACUUGCAUCCUUGCCCUGAUCCAUAUUCUGACUCACCUGCUUCUCUUCCCGUCCCCCUUGAAAUCCAGCAUCAUACUCAUAGAGGGAGAAAAUUAAGGACAUUGGUUAUUGUUGUGGUAACUUCUGCUUCUGUGGUACUGUGCACUCUUCUGGGAAUAGUAUUGGUUAUCUUUUCUGGAAGGAGUAAAUUUGGUCGGCUUAGCAGUAUAAGAAGGCGACAGGUAGUGACCUUUCAAGAUGUUCCAACUGAAUUGAACUAUGACAGUGUGGCCACAGCUACUGGAAACUUCAGCAUCAGGCAUCUAAUUGGCACAGGCGGCUUUGGGUCAACAUACAAGGCAGAACUGGCCCCAGGUUUUGUUGUUGCCAUAAAGAGGUUGUCGAUAGGUAGGUUUCAAGGCAUUCAACAGUUUGAAACGGAAAUAAGGACACUGGGAAGAAUUCGACACAAGAAUCUUGUGACUCUUAUUGGAUAUUAUGUAGGGAAGGCUGAAAUGUUCUUAAUUUACAACUACCUUUCUGGAGGGAACCUUGAAGCUUUCAUACAUGACAGGUCAGGGAAGAAUGUUCAGUGGCCAGUUAUUUACAAAAUAGCAAAAGACAUAGCAGAGGCCCUUGCUUUUCUUCACUACUCAUGUGUUCCUCGCAUUGUUCACCGAGAUAUCAAACCUAGCAACAUUUUACUUGAUGAAGAUCAUAAUGCCUACCUGUCAGAUUUUGGCUUGGCACGACUGCUUGAGGUAACUGAGACCCAUGCCACCACUGAUGUUGCAGGCACAUUUGGUUACGUUGCACCAGAAUAUGCCACCACCUGCAGGGUUUCUGACAAAGCCGAUGUCUACAGCUUUGGUGUGGUGUUAUUAGAAUUGAUGUCUGGAAGAAAGUCACUUGAUCCAUCCUUUUCUGAAUAUGGAAAUGGAUUCAACAUUGUACCAUGGGCAGAGCUACUAAUGACCGAAGGCCGUUGUUCUGAGCUAUUUUCAUCUACUUUAUGGGAAGCAGGGCCUAAGGAAAAAUUGUUGGGCCUUUUAAAGCUUGCAUUAACAUGCACAGAAGAGACUCUUUCUAUUCGACCAUCAAUGAAACAGGUUCUUGAGAAAUUGAAAUAUUUGAAAAGUUGAAAGCUUUCUGCAUGUCAUACUGAACAGCAAUGGAAUGUUGCUUUUAUCUGCUUGAAAAUACUUGACUGAGGUUCAGCACUGCAAAAUGUUACAGGUUCAGCACUGCAAGUCUCUUAUAAUGAUCAGUUGUUUAUUGCCACGUGAAUCUCAUCAUAGUGACUCACACAUGAACUGUUCCUGUUACUGCUAAGGCCAUGAUCAUCCUUUCACAUUGGUGCCAGCAGUUUUCACACGUUCCGAAGAUGUGUGCAGUAAUAGCUAAAUGGAUGUUUGUGAAUACCAUCAUCUCAUCAUUUUCAUGUUAUGAGGCCAUAUGUGAAUGCCAUUAUGAUUUUUUUGGCAUUUUGGAUGGUAUCCUUUGGUGACCGCAUGGUCCCUUUCGAAGAUCCAAAGUUAUUUAAUGGCACAGAGACGAAGCAAUUGUCAUCAUUGUUCAGAGGACUUCUCUGUCAAAAUCUACCGAAAGUUGUAAAUAUAUAUUGACAUAAAACCUAUGGGGAUGCUUCUGAUUUUUUGUUCCAACUUGUAAAUAGAAAGUGUAGGCAGAAAUCCAACUCUAUUGUUUUUUUCCUUCUCAGAUGCCUGAAAUGAAAAAGGAUGUUCCUUUUGGGGUAAA